AUUGCGUUAAAGGUUUUAACUGGCGUGCCGGUUUUACCAGCACUUUCAUUGGCCAGGCCAGGCGGUCUACCUCGGGGCGAGUACUGCUGCAUGCCUUACCUGUCCCACGUGUACCUCUCAAGAGGUACCUGCGUGUCUCCACAUUCACACCCAGCUGCCACCCACACCCCACCCAGCAUCCCCUCAGCAAGGCAGACUGCUCAGGAGUUACCUGACACACACCCUGCUGCAUGCGGAGAGGACUGUGUGCCCAGCGGCUAGGACAUGGCUAGGGCCCAAGUGGUCCUAACAAGAGCUGGAUGCUGCAAUGAACAUUUCUGUACCUGUGAAUACAUCACAACACUGGCUUUUAUGGGCACUACAGAGGCCAAUUCAAGAGUGAAAGUGCUCAAGAAUACCGUCUUGCAGCCAAGCCCCAGCCUCCAGCAGUGUUCCUGCGGCGAUGUCAGGGCUUUCCAGUGGCCAGAGGGAAGGCAGCCUGGAGCCAGCACAGCAACACUUCUUCUCCAAGCAUGACAACCGUACUUCUUUCGACAAAGAGGGCCCCUACUGCCUGCUGCAGGGAAUCGGAAGGCGAAAAGACCUGGAGCACCUGUGGCAGCGGCACACCUUCUUGCGCUGGGCACCCUGUGAGCUGGAGUUGAGCCAGCAGCGGCCCCUUGAAUCCUCCUACCAGGCCAAUUUCCGGUCAGGCCCUGGACUCAGUGACCUCCCCCAGCGCCUUGUCCACUUUGUGCAGAUCCAGCCUCCCCGUACCAGCACCACCUAUCAGCAGAACUUCUGCCAACCAUCCCAGGGUGGCCAUUGUGGCAGCAACAAUGUGGGGCCAGUCACCAACACACUGCCUGACCUCCCAGGGAUCCCAAGACCCAAGCUGCUGCAGCAUUACCUUCAUGCUGGGGUCUCUGAGUGUCUAAACUGGUCCAGAGCAUUAAACAAGGAUGGCUAACA